AAGAACACAAAAAAAAAGUUACUGCUCACUUGACAUGUCAAAGCUGUGAAGAACCAAACCCUACUCUAACCCCCUCCUUCACCGUUCUUCUGGCGAACAAUGACGACACGUAUAGCGCCGGGCGUCGGUGCAAAUCUACUCGGCCAACACUCCGCCGAGAGAAACCAAGACGCCACUGCUUACGUCGGCAACCUCGACCCUCAGAUAUCAGAGGAAUUGCUGUGGGAGCUUUUUGUUCAAGCUGGUCCCGUAGUUAAUGUGUAUGUUCCAAAGGAUAGAGUGACUAACCAGCAUCAAGGUUAUGGAUUUGUUGAAUUCCGAAGUGAAGAAGAUGCUGAUUAUGCUAUCAAGGUACUUAACAUGAUUAAACUUUAUGGAAAACCAAUUCGUGUAAAUAAGGCAUCCCAAGAUAAAAAAAGUUUGGAUGUCGGGGCAAACCUUUUCAUUGGCAAUCUGGAUCCUGAUGUGGAUGAGAAGCUCUUGUAUGAUACUUUCAGUGCAUUUGGAGUUAUUGUUACUAAUCCAAAGAUCAUGAGAGAUCCCGACACAGGAAAUUCCCGAGGCUUUGGCUUCAUAAGCUAUGAUUCAUUUGAGGCAUCUGAUUCAGCUAUUGAGGCAAUGAAUGGACAGUAUCUUUGCAAUCGACAAAUUACAGUGUCAUACGCUUAUAAGAAAGACACUAAAGGUGAAAGGCACGGUACUCCCGCAGAAAGAGUUUUGGCUGCAAGUAAUCCAACUGCACAAAAGAGCAGGCCUCAUACUUUAUUUGCUAGUGGGCCACCAACACUUCCCAAUGCUCCUCAAGCUAACGGUACCAUUCCUGCUCCAAUGCCACCCCGCCCCUUCGCUAAUGGCGUUGCCCCACCUCCUAUUCCUGUCAUCCACCCACCACCUCCUCAAGCCGCAGCCUUUCAGCCUAUGCAGAUGCCACCACCUGGACAACAAGUAUGGCAUCAACAGCAGCAAGGCCAACCAAUGAUGCAACAUGGAAUGCCUCCUCCAAUGCAGCAUUUCAGACCACCUCAUGCAAUGCAGAUGCCACCGCCACCACCUCAGCAAGGUAUUCAGGGACCUCCAAGGCCUCUUCCACCACCGUCAGUAAUGGCAGGCCAGCAACAGUCUGUUUGGAGACCACCACCACCACCUCAGCAACAGGGUGGACAUCCUAUGGGAUAUCCUCAGUCCUCAAUGCCGCCACCACCACCUCCCAAUCAUCAUGGAAUGCGACCACCUUCAGGUUAAAGAAAUGUAAUUCCUAUUAGAAUGUUCCUGACCACCAUCAUCUGGAAUUUUGCCUGUUGUUAGUUUUAGUGCGUUAUAUUUCUAACUACAGUGGUGCAAAUUGAUCGUAAUAUUAAAGUCCGUGAUAGUCAAAAUCAUUUCCAACAAAAAAGACAUUUUGAGUUA